AUGUUAGUCGCUUUGAUUGGCUUUAGCCUGCUGCUCCAAGUGAACUCGAUUGCAGGACAGGGUUAUCAAGUUUAUGGAUCUGGCGAUGUACAGGUUAUCUAUCCAUCCUCGUCGCAAGUUCAGGUGAUAGGAGGAGGUGGAUUAAGACCUUUCUUCCGCCGCGGAUUGGGGAAUAUUAUAAGGAACCUCACGAUCAGUGCAAAUGCCACCAGCCAAAAUGAUCAAGUGAUCAGUUUGUUGGGCAGCGGAAAUAUAUCGCUCUCAGGUAACCAGAAUUCCGGGAAUGGUCCUCUACGGAAUCUUCUGAGAACUCUGUUUGGCCGUCAGCCCAAUGUGCAAUAUGUGAACCUGAAUGGCCGGGGCUUCAACGAUCGUCUCCAGACCCCAAAGUACUGGAGUGGCAUCCCGUCCUAUGCCAGUCCAGUGCUUUUGCCCCGCUCAAGGGUUAAGGUUAUGCGACAGGGUAACCCACGUCGGAUUUUGGUGCGGAAUCUUCAGACCAGUCAAUCCCAGAUGACCAAUGUGGUAACCUACAGGAUUCCCGUUCUGGAAAACGAUUGGCAGUACGAUACGACAUAUGUGGAAUAA